GCUGCUCUCUUUCCCAGGCAAGUCUACAAGCACAACUACGAAACCCAGAAUAUGGAGCAUCACAUUUUCAUUUUCUUCCUGGGCGGACUUGGUGUGUUUUGGACAGGAAUCGUCACUACGGACCCUGUUCCGGUAACGGACACAAUGGAAGACGGGGACAUGUAUGGUGUUGAGGUACAUCCCACCUUAGAUGGCAAUAGCUCUGUCUCCAAUGCUGCGGUUGCUCCCGCUUUGCGACACAGGGGGUCUCAACACAAGAGCAGGUAUCCGAGGUACAUGAUGCACCUCUACCGCUCCGUCAAAUCCGCUGGCGGGGUCGCAGCAGCAGCGGCAACAGCGGGUCAAGCCGAGGACAACCCCGUUCUAAAGGAAUCCAAUUCGGUACUGAGCCUGGUGGCAAAAAGCUGCCAUCAGAUUGGGGAUAAAUGGAGUGUCACUUUUGACAUGUCUUCCAUCUCUGCUGAUGACGAUGUCCAGCUGUCUGAGCUCCGCUUCAGACUGCCUUCUUUCUCUGCAUCCAAAAGAGUGACGGUGGAGAUCUUUCACUCCAGGGAGCAGGAGUGUGCCGAGGAGUCAGAUAGCCAGCCAUGCCAGGACCGCUUGUUCCUGGGCAGCUUCAGUGCCUCUCCAGCUGACACUAACUCAUCCUGGAAAAUCUUCAACGUCACAGCCCUGCUCAAGUACUGGCUCCACCAGGGGGAGAGUUUUGUGAACGGAGAGGAGGCAGUAGUCAUAGGGAAUCCCCUCCAUGAAGUGCCAGAAGAGGAACACAAGGAGAGGCUGGAGCAGGGACAACAGCACAAGCACCAUGCCAACAGCACCAAGAGCAGCAGCGAGAGGAAAGUCUACCAUAAGACUGUGGACCGAGUCAUGAUGGUGGUCUUCUCCAAACACAACCACUCCAGAGAGGAAACGGGUAUGCCAACGCUUAUCCACACUGUGGAGCACUCCAAAUAUAUUACCCUGGACAAAGUUGGGGACCAGUCAGGCAGGCGACAGAAGAGGAACAGGAAUGAGCAGGAGAGAGUGAAGUUAGCUGGUAAUGUUGGGAGCACCGCUCCCACACCUGAGAGCCCCAAGAGUCCACUGUGCAGGAAGGUGGACAUGUGGGUAGACUUUGACCAGAUUGGCUGGAACCAGUGGAUCGUGCACCCGAAACGGUACAAUGCCUUCAGGUGCGAGGGAGAGUGUCCCUGUCCUGUGGACGAGACAUUUAAUCCUACCAACCAUGCAUACAUGCAGAGUCUGGUGAAACUGUACCAUCCAGACAAAGUGCCAAGUAUAUCCUGCGUGCCCUCAAGACUCGGCCCACUUUCCAUGCUCUAUUAUGAGAAUGGAGAGCUGGUACUGCGACAUCAUGAGGAAAUGAUGGUGGAGGAGUGUGGCUGUCACUGA